AUGGACGGAUUCGACCCCUCCCAAGCUCCGAUAGAGUACCAAGCUGUGAAGCCUCUCGCCGAUUUAUUCCUCCUCGGAGCUGCACUUGGGUGGGUGACCAAUUAUGUCGGGAUGGUCUACACGUCGUUCAAUGAAGAGACCUAUGCAAUGUCAAUUUUGGCACUUUGUUGCAACUUUGCAUGGGAGAUUGUCUAUACCUUGAUUUAUCCCUCCAAAAAUCGGCUUGAACGAGGAGUAUUAUUCCUAGCGAUGAUCAUCAACUUUGGCAUUAUGUAUGCCGCAGUCAUCUUCUCGCCACGAGAAUGGACCCACGCGCCACUGGUCGAGCAGAACCUCCAUUGGAUCUUCUCCAUCGGAAUCAUCGGAUUCCUCACUGGGCACCUCGCUCUCGCUGCAGAAAUCGGCGCUGCGUUGGCGUACACCUGGGGCGCGGUUGUGGCCCAGCUGCUGCUAAGCGUUGGCGGUAUCUGUCAGCUUCUCUGUCGUGGAAGUACCCGUGGUGCUUCCUACGCUCUAUGGUUUUCCCGCUUCUUUGGAUCGUGCAGCGCGAUGGGGUUCGCAAUUCUGCGUUGGAUGUAUUGGCCGGAAUCAUUUGCAUGGCUUAGCAGUCCCCUUAUACUGUGGAGUGUGGCUGUCUUCCUAAUCGUUGAUGGCUCUUAUGGGCUAUGUUACUGGUAUGUUAAGCGGUAUGAAAAGAGUUUUGGUACGGCACGAACAGAAAAGGUCAAAUGA